AUGACCGGCGAAGCUCGCCCCAAGCGCAAACAUAGCCCGGUGCCUGCGUCCGACAGGCCUGCGAAACACCUGAAGCCUGAAUCCACUGUUCUUACGCCCGGGGAUGAAACACCUGCGAAUGGCACCGUAUAUGACGUGGAGAAUGAUGAAGACAUCACACCGAUCGUUGCGUUGGGGGCAACUCAGGCGGACUCGCCGGAGUGGCAAGCGACUAUUGAGUCAGUGGUGAAGAGUGUCGUCUCGAUCCAUUUCUGUCAGACAUGCUCAUUCGACACCGACCUGUCCAUGUGUAGCCAGGCAACAGGGUUCGUUGUGGACGCCAAGAGAGGCUACAUUCUCACAAACAGACAUGUUGUCUGUGCCGGCCCGUUCUGGGGUUAUUGCAUUUUCGACAAUCAUGAGGAGUGCGAUGUUCGUCCCGUUUAUCGGGAUCCUGUCCACGACUUUGGCAUUCUGAAAUUCGACCCCAAGGCAAUCAAAUACAUGGAUAUGACAGAGCUAAAGUUGAAUCCGGAGGGGGCACAAGUGGGGGUUGAGAUCAGGGUGGUCGGUAACGAUGCCGGAGAGAAGCUAAGUAUUCUCUCUGGUGUCAUCAGUCGCCUUGACCGUAACGCUCCUGAGUACGGCGAAGGCUACAGCGACUUCAACACAAAUUACAUACAAGCGGCUGCUGCCGCCAGCGGCGGAAGCUCUGGUAGUCCUGUCGUCAAUAUCGCCGGGCAUGUCGUCGCUCUACAGGCCGGUGGUCGUGCGGAUGGUGCUGCUACAGAUUACUUUCUCCCACUGGGCCGUCCACUACGCGCACUCCAGUGCAUACAGGAAGAGAAACCUGUCACGCGAGGCACCAUUCAAACACAAUGGAUGAUUAAACCUUUUGAUGAAUGUCGACGUCUUGGACUGACCCCGGAGUGGGAGGCCUCUGUCCGCAAAACCGCGCCUAAGGAGACAGGAAUGUUGGUGGCGGAAAUUGUUCUUCCCGAGGGCCCGGCUGAUGGGAAGCUUCAAGAGGGAGAUGUACUUCUCAAGGUGAAUGGAGAGCUGCUCACUCAGUUUGUGCGACUUGAUGAUAUACUGGAUUCCAAUGUCGGCAAAUCUAUCCACCUUCUUAUACAGCGCGGCGGCGAGGACCUCGAAUUGGAAUGCAGCGUUGGAGACCUACACGCUAUCACACCAGAUCGCUUCGUCAGCGUCGCUGGUGGUACAUUCCAUGAUCUUUCUUACCAGCAAGCGCGGCUUUAUGCUAUCGCCACUCGUGGCGUCUACGUUUGUGAGGCAGCAGGAUCCUUCAAGAUUGAAAACACUCUGUCGGGGUGGAUCAUUGAUUCGGUAGACAAGCGGCCUACUCGAAACUUGCAAGAGUUUAUUGAGGUUAUGAAGACAAUACCAGAUCGCUCGAAAAUUGUUAUUUCUUAUAGACAUAUUCGAGAUCUCCAUACACGAGGCACAAGCAUUAUCUACCUCGAUCGUCACUGGCAUCCAAAGAUGUCCCUUGCAGUCCGUAACGACAAGACCGGCUUGUGGGACUUUUCAGAUAUCGCCGAACCUCUACCCGCUGAGCCACCAGUUCCUCGAAAAGCGGAUUUUAUUCAGUUGGACGGGGUCAGUCAGACCGCUGCCGCUGAUAUCGUUCGCAGUUUCGUCCGGGUGUCAUGCACCAUGCCGCUGAAGCUGGAUGGAUUCCCUCAGGGCAAAAAAACCGGAUACGGUUUAGUCAUUGAUGCGGAGAAGGGCCUUGUCGUUGUUUCUCGGGCUAUUGUUCCGUACGAUCUGUGUGAUAUCAAUAUCACAGUUGCAGAUUCGAUUAUCGUCACUGGCAAAGUGAUUUUCAUGCAUCCUCUGCAAAACUAUACCAUUGUGCAAUACGAUCCAAGUCUCGUCCAGGCUCCAGUAAAAAGUGCGCGGCUAAGCACGGAAAACAUCAAACAAGGUCAAGACACAAUAUUUGUCGGAUUCAAUCAAAAUCUGCGCAUUGUUGUCGCUAAAACAACAGUCACUGACAUCACCACCGUUGCUAUCCCCGCCAACGCCUCUGCUCCACGUUACCGGGCUAUCAAUCUUGACGCUAUCACAGUGGACACGGGGCUCAGCAGCCAGUGCACUAACGGUGUCUUGCUGAGGGAUGACGGCGUUGUCCAGGCUCUUUGGCUAAACUAUCUAGGAGAACGAACGCCAAGCUCGCAUAAAGACGUCGAGUAUCAUCUUGGGCUCGCAACGCCUUCUCUUCUACCCAUAAUUAGCAAGAUCCAAGGAGGCGAAAUCCCAAAGUUGCGUAUCUUGGAUAUGGAAAGCUAUGUCAUUCAAAUGAGUCAAGCUCGAAUAAUGGGCGUAUCGGAGAAGUGGAUCGAGCAAGUAGCAGCAGCCAACCCUUCCCGACAUCAAUUGUUCAUGGUCAGAAAACUGGACAGCCCUCCUCCAUCUUUCACGCAUCAUGAGACAGAUUCCUUGAAGGAGGGAGACAUCAUUCUCACACUAAAUGGAAAGCUUAUUACGCGAGUCUCCGAGUUCGACGUUAUGUACGACAACGAAGUUCUCGACGCGUUGAUCGUCCGAAACGGACAGGAAAUGCACGUCAAGUUGCGUACGGUGCCAACGGAAGAUUUGGAGACCGAUCGAGCAGUCAUGUUUUGCGGAGCUGUGUUGCAGAAGCCACAUCACGCUGUGCGGCAACAGAUUUCGAAGCUUCACAGUGAGAUUUACAUCAGUGCUAGGAGUCGUGGCUCACCUGCCUACCAGUAUGGAUUGUCUCCGACAAAUUUCAUCACAGCAGUGAACGGAGUGCAAACCCGCGAUCUCGACAGCUUUGUCCGCGAGGUGAAAAAGAUCCCGGAUAACACAUACUUCCGUCUUCGGGCGGUCACAUUCGACAAUGUACCGUGGGUUGUCACGAUGAAAAAGAAUGAUCACUACUUCUCCAUGUCGGAAUAUGUCAAAGACCCCUCAGUCCCGGCUGGGUGGAAGGUGGUCUCUUAUCCGAAAAAAGACGAAGCUUCGGCGGAUACAUCCAACCUGACAGCAGAUGCGAUGGACGAAGGAACAGAAGGUGGCGGAAGUGAUGCAGAGCCUGAUCAGGAUUAG